UUUGCCGAGAAACCUCUGCACACCGCUCUUUCCUGUGCCCCAGGGAUGCCAUCUUUCUCCUUCUGGCAGACAGAUUUUGUGAGCUGUUGGUUUUUUUUCUUCUCUUAGCUCUUGUAUUUUCAUGAAGAGAUUAAAAAGCAAUGUGAAAGAUUGCCUGGGACAGGAAGGUGUUUCACAGUGCUUGUAGACCUUGAACCAAAAGAUCCUCCAGCACGCACCAGAUCUCACUCUCACCUAGCGAGUCCAUCCCUUCGCUGGCAUCGGAGCCUGCGGCUGGAUUCCAGUGUGUAUGGAAGACCAGCUGAGACAUCAGCCUCGUGGACUGAAGAACGAGUGGCUUCUUGGGCUUUCCAUUAUUAGACAGCCAUUGUUGGACUAACUGGACCCCAGCGUAAAUAAAAAAAUGGAGAUGCUUCAGACAGUAGUAAAAGAUACCUUCCCCACAGGCAGAAAGGAAGAUGGCUGCACCCCAGGGUCAGAGCCACUGAGGAUCCUCCUGGUGGGUAAAUCUGGCUGCGGGAAAAGCGCCACAGGGAACAGCAUCCUUGGCCGAAAAGCAUUCGAGUCCAGGCUCAGAGGCCAGUCAGUGACCAGGACCAGCCAGGCAGAGACGGGCACAUGGAAGGGAAGGAGACUGCUAGUGGUAGACACGCCCCCCAUCUUUGGGUCAAAGGCCCAGGACCAAGACAUGGACAAGGACAUUGGAGAUUGUUACCUGCUGUGUGCCCCAGGACCCCACGUGCUGCUGCUGGUGGCCCAGCUGGGACGCUUCACAGCUCAGGACACCACAGCCGUGAGGAGGGUGAAGGAGAUCUUCGGGGCAGGAGUCAUGAGGCACGUGAUCGUCCUCUUCACCCACAAGGAAGACCUGGCAAAUGAGACUUUGGAUGAGUUUGUGACCCACACUGACAACCACAGCCUGCGCAGCUUGGUCCACGAGUGUGGGAGGAGGUACUGUGCCUUUAAUAACAGGGCCUCAGGGGAAGAGCAGCAGGGGCAGCUGGCAGAGCUCAUGGCCCUGGUGAGGGGGCUGGAGCAGGAGUGUGGGGGCUCUUUCCAUAGCAAUGACCUCUUCCUUCAUGCCCAUGUGCUCCUUAGCGAUGGCUGCAGGGAGUACCAGGAAGCCUACAGGUGCUACCUGGCCAAGGUGAGGCAGGAGGUGGAGAGGCAGAAGCGGGAGCUGGAGGUGCAGGAGAGCAGCUGGGUCCUCAAGCUCCUCCUCCGAGGCAAAGCGUGGAUGGUUUUGCACUCUGGGACUUGCGCUAGUUUCAUAUUGGGCAUAGCAAUCCUAACUGUUAUUUUCAUGCUCAUAUAUUCUAAUGUUUGAUGCUGUGUACUUUAGAGAAGUUUCUAAAGGGUCCUGCAGGAUUCCCAGCUUUCAGCAUCACUGACAGAAAACCACACUCCUGGUCUGCCAGACUUUGCUGCCCUGAGCCUCUUCUGUUUCCCCUUUAGAAUUCUGGUUGGGAUUAGGCAGUUGGGGGAAUCCUGCAGAGCAGGGGCAGGAAGGAUCAGAGGAACCAGAGGAGUCAGGAAACAGCCUAUAGACUCAAAUGACGGGGAUUCAUGGGGGCUCACAGAGAUCAGGCAGCCUGUAGGGGUCUGACCUACUUCCUCUGCAUAUAUGUUAUGGCUCUGUAGCUUGGUGUUCUUGUGGAGUUCCUAACAGUGGGAGUAGGGGUUAUCUCUGACUCUUUUGCCUACCCCUGGGACCCUUUUCCUCCUACUGGGUUGCCUUGUCCAGCCUUGAAAUGAUAGUUUGCAUUCUGGUCUUGCUGUAGCUUGCUGUGCCAUAUUUGGUUGA